AUGUGGGCCGGCCGAAUCACGAGUUUCUUCCGGAAGGUCGGCACGAAGGGCCGUUCGAAAGACAGCGUGGUUGGUGGCAUCAAGCAGCCAGAGCGGCAGGCCACCCAAGACUGGAUGCGGGACAUUUCGCACAGCCUCUCGGGCAUCGGUUUCAGCUGGUCGACUUUCGCAGCCACUUCGUCUGAGUCGGCCGCAGCAGAGGGCCUUCGGCAGAAGAUCCUGAUCCUUUGCACGGAUCAGGAGGCCACUCAGCUGGCGGCCGUGAACUACUUGAAGUUCGGUCGUUCGCUGUUCGUGGAGCACGUCAACGACCCGGCCCACCGUAGCCACAACGACGUCCACCUGGCGCUCGCGGCCAGCGGACUCCUGUCGUUCAGCCUCAUGUCCAUCGGGUUGUACAACGUUCGGUACGGCCCAUGGAACAAGGGGACGUGGUUCGGGAAGGUCCAGGGCAUGGCGGACGAGAUGUCGUUGUCGAUGAGCAGUUCGGACCCGUUGCUGCUCGCCUUCUUCCCGGACAUUCUGGCAGACGAGGGCCGUUCGCCUGACGAGAACACCGAGGAGCAGCGACGUGCGUUUCUGGACUCCCUGCCGAACCGGCCGUUCGUCCGAGCGAAGGGCAGCAAGGCCUCUCCCUCUCGCUUCAACAGCCUCACGACCGCCCACUCGGAGCUCGACCGGGACUGGUCGGCCUUUUGUCUGGUGUUGGCCACUCUCUGCGUCGCCCAAGGUUGGUGCAAGAGUGCUGCUGAGCUUUGGUCACCCGAUGGCACCAGCGUCGGGGACAUGGAGCUGCGAACCCGGGAGUCCACCGUGCAGUACUUCAGCAGCUUCGCCCACUGGUCCUACAUGACCACGGCUCGCGAACACGUCAGUCGACUUUCGGACUUGGCAGGCUUGGAGAGGCUCGGCGUGGACCUCUCCCUGGUCGACCCCGACGGCUCGGCGGACAACAAAGAGGCUGCCGUGGUUUGGCAGGACACCGUCUGUCGCAGACUAGCGAAACUGACACACUGCCUCUUGCGGUUUCGCUGUGGCUCGCAGUUGAACUCCACAAACGGUUGGGGCUCGACGGCCGGUCUGUUGCACGAGUCCGGUGCUGCUCGGGUCUCCAGCUUGCGGUUCCUUGAGGAGGUGGACAAGACCGUCCGGACUGUGGCAGCCGAAGGGUCCCUCGAAGCGAGGAAGCUGCUCGAGGGCCACCCGGCGACCGGGCCGGUCUUCGCUUUGGCUCUCGCAGAGCUGCGAGCUGGGUCGUUCGUCGAAGUGCCGCCCGAGACGUUCGCGUGGCUGAGCCAUGCCUGGGGCGGCCUGCUGAACUCCAAGCUUGUCGAGGUCGAGGUCGUGGAGCAGGAGGCUGCAGAGGAAGACUUGCUUGCUGGAGUCAGCAAGUCCCGAACGUGGUCGUCCCCGACACCCGACAGCGAGCAAGACAAGCUGGCGGCCUUUUCUGUUUUGGCGAAAGUGGUUCGCGACAAGCUCGACUGGUCGUUCGUAGAGACGGCCUGGUGGGCGUCGCUCGCCCCCGAGGGCCACGGGGUGCUCUUUGCUGGUCUCGACCCCUGCUACGUAGUCCGAACCUACGGUCGAGCUGCUUUGGUUUGGCCAGCAGUUCUGGAGCCGCUCGGAGACGGCCACGAGAGGCUCGUUCUGAAGGCCGAUGCCAGUUCGCUCUGCUGGCUGCACCUGCAGGACGAGAACGUGACGGUUCUGGAACUGGUAGCCACUUCGCCUCAGCGUCUCCUGGAUUACCCACUUGCCUACAUCACUUUUGUUUUUUUGGGCUUGGGGAAGCUAGUGGGGGUGGAUUUAUUUGAGCUUGGUGCCAGAUCCUUGGGCGAGCGUCGGCCGGUCGGAGUCUCCUUCAAGGUUGAGGCCAAGCGAACGUUGCUCGAGCAUCACGAGCAACACGGCUUUGCAGGCGUUCCUGAAUGGGCCUUGAGAAGACUGGCGACCUACAAAGGCUGGACGUUCGAGGCGGAGGAGACCGGAAUCGAAGAGGAUGACCGCCUGGCCAUCGCCUGCAUGCUGUCGCUCGAUGCCUCUCUGACAAGGGAGGAAGUGGUCGGUCGGCUGCUUAGCAGGCAGGAGGAGAAGCGAGAGGCCAAGGCAGCAAAGGACUUGGCGGCCGCUGUCAAGCGGUGCUAUGCGGACUGCAACGAGAACGUCGACCGGGCGGUGCAGGCCACCAUGCCGAGGCACGUCAAGGUCUAUCGCGACGACAAGAACGGCCGUUGGAAGAUCUCCUACAGUGCCCGUUGGGCUCAUGCCUCUCGGAGCAUUUCGUGGACAAUGGUGGGCAGCAAGGCGGCUGGCUCCGAAGUCAUUCGUCAAGCGUGGAAGUGGGUCGCCACUUUCGAGGGCCUGGACAUCACAGCGGAGGCACAGACGAUCCUGCAAAAGCUCGAGGCGUGA